UAAAGGACGGCGCUGGAGAUCAGAGGCUAGGCUUGCUGGUGGAAGCUGCAGGAUUGAGCUCGCGUUGGGAGGGGUUGAAAGCCAAAUAAGAAGAGAAAACCGUUAGAUCCUGUAAGUUUAUAAUGGAUACAGCACGAUCAACCCUAUCCAAUUUGUUUCGUGGGGAGCCAAGCACGUAUACCCGCUUCAGCCUGGCCCAGAAUAUGGAAGGUGACAAUAGCCAAGUGGAGAUGAAACUGUCAAAUUCUGAGAUGGACGAUGAGGUUGGAAACUCCAUGGGAGGUCACAGGGAGUCUCGCAUUAUGAAGCCAAAGCGCAGCCCCAAAAACAUCUUCUUUCUGAUUGUUUGUACUCUGCUCAUCUUCUUAAUAGGCUUUCUUAUUGGUUAUUUAUCAUAUCGCGGGCGAAUGCCAACAAAAGAUCAGAGCUGUUCCAAUGCGGACAGCGUUCCUUGUGGCACCGCUGAGGAACUGCUAAGUGAGGAUGGUAGUGAUACAACUCUGGAAGCCGCUCAGCCUGGCCUUGAAUGGAAACAGCUGAAAGAACUGCUCAAAGCGAAGUUUUUAGAAUCAGAUUUUGAAUGCCGCAUCAGGGCCUGUUCUGUAAACCGUGAGGCUGGUUCUGAAGGUGAUCAAAAUCUUGCUUUGACUGUAUAUAACGAAUUCAAACGCUUUGGGCUGCAUAGUUUCUGGAAUGAUGAACACUAUGUGAAGCUUCAGUCCCUUGGCAGCACUCCAAACAGAGUAACAAUUUUGGGUUCCGAAACAAUUGAAGUUCCGAAGGGUUACCUGGCUUACAGUGCUUCAGGCCAAGCUACGGGUAAAUUGGUUUAUGCUAAUUAUGGAAGGGAAGAAGAUUUUAAAAAAUUAACAUCUAUGAAUAUUGGUGUGAAUGGCAGUGUUGUCAUUGUUCGAGGUGGAAAAAUAUGCUUUGCCACUAAGGUUGCUAAUGCCCAGAAAGUGAAAGCAGCUGCAGUUUUGAUCUACCUAGACCCUGCUGACUAUGACAACAUGCCUGAGGACACAGAUGUGUUUGGUCAUGUUCAUUUGGGCACUGGUGACCCAUAUACCCCAGGAUUUCCUUCAUUUAACCACACUCAGUUCCCUCCUGCACAAUCCUCAGGGCUUCCCAGCAUCCCAGCUCAGACCAUCACAACAAAUUCAGCUCGUGUGCUGUUGAGUAAAAUGAGAGGACAGUCUGCCCCUUUGGAAUGGAAAGGAACAUUAUCUUCGACCUACAAUUUAGGAGGUGAUGAAAAUGUCCAGGUGAAAGUGGAGGUGAACAAUGUCGUUGCUGAGAAGAUGAUCCACAAUGUAUUUGGAGUGAUUAAGGGACUUAUUGAUCCAGACCACUAUGUUGUAAUUGGAGCUCAGCGUGAUUCUUGGGGUCCAGGUGUUGCCAAAUCAGCUGUAGGAACUUCUUUGCUGUUGGAGAUGGCUAAAGCACUUUCAGACUUGGUCGUAAAAGAUGGAUACAAACCCAAAAGAAGCAUUAUUUUUGCAAGCUGGAGUGCUGGUGAUUUUGGAAGUGUUGGGGCAACUGAAUGGUUGGAGGGUUACCUGUCUAUGUUGCACCUGAAAGCUCUUGCUUACAUAAACCUUGAUGCUGCAGUGCUGGGAUCUCAAACUUUUAAAGCAUCUGCCAGUCCUAUGCUGUACACACUUCUUGGAAACACCCUAAAAGAGGUCAGCUCUCCGCUGGACAGCAGUAAGACGUUGUACCAAAAAGCUGGUGCUGAGAACUGGGAGAAGCAAACAAUUGUCCCAAUGACCAUGGAUGAUACGUCAUAUGCCUUCCAAGCAUUUUCUGGAAUCCCAUCUGUUUCAUUCAAGUUUACGAAUGAUGGAGAUUAUCCAUACUUCGGAACAAGAGAAGACAAUUUGAACAAUCUGAUAACACGCACAGGAAACAAGGUAGCCGACAUAGCCAGAGCUGCUGCGAAUGUGGCUGGGCAGAUGGUGUUAAGGCUGACCCACGAUCAUCAGCUGUCCCUGGACUUUGACAGAUAUAACGGGGAACUGUACUCGUCUGUAUUUAAGAUCAAUCGAUUUGCUAAACAGUUGAAGAAAGCAGGCUUGACUAUAAAGUGGCUGUUCUCUGCUCGUGGUGACUUUGACCGAGCUACAGAAACACUGAAAAACGACAUUCUCAACAGCGACCUGAACGAUGCAGGAAUUUGUCGAGCCAUAAACGAGCGGAUCAUGAGGGUGGAGUACCAUUUCCUCUCUCCCUAUGUCUCGCCAAAGGAUACCCCCUUCCGCCACAUUUUCUAUGGCUCUGGUCCCCACACUUUAAAGUCACUGCUUGAAAACCUUAACCUCCUGAAUAGUAACCCCUCAUACCUCAACAUGGACGACUUGCGAAAUCAGCUAGCCUUGGCCACCUGGACCAUACAGGGGGCUGCCAAUGCUCUGUCAGGAGAUAUCUGGGACAUAGACAACGAAUUCUAAAUGCUUGGAUUGGUAUCCAGUGUUUUCUGUAAAGGCAACCCGAGAUUGAACCCACAUUAAAAAAAAAAAAAAAAGAUAAUAAGAUAAAGUUAAAACUUCUUCUCCCUUUGGAGAAAAUGCCGAAGUGUUUUUUUUUUUUUUUUUUUUUUUUGUAUUUCUGUCAAAAAGAAACACUUACAAGAGCUAAAUCCAACUAUGCCUUUGAAAGAACACUGGAAUUUAGACAUCGUUAACAUUCAGUACAGUGUGUGUUUUUUUUUCCCUUAUAGUUUGUAUUGUUUGAACUGUACACUGAAGAGUUAGCAAAGUUUUUAGCCAGAACUAGAUCGAGGAAGAAUCAGUAGCUAAUAUACGUAAUUUAAACUUGCAUGUGAAUUGUUCAAUUAGAUUUGCAUUUAAGAUGUAGAAGAUGCAGGUCAGUGUUGUAAAAUCUGGUGCAUUUUAUAUUGUAUGAACAAUCAAUGUCUCAUUGGCCACUGAAACGUUUGACUGUUUUGUUUUUGUUUUGUUUUGUUUUUUUAAACGUUAAAUGUUUCAAAUUGAUAUGCACGUAGCUGAGCAGUGCACUCAGCAGUUGGGUUUAUUUUUGCCAGUGGGUUUGCAUUUCUUGACAGCCUCUUUAUCUACAUGUUUCGUGAAUAGCGAAAACAUGCCUGGUGACAGCUAUCUGUUAAUAAGGAUCGAAAUGUAAGAAAAGUGUAAAAUACACCUACCAAGUUAAUGUGUGAAAAGCAGUUUUUGUUACCAAAUUUACUGAUACCGCAUGUGAGCUUUUAUUUCCUGUCAGCCAAUGUCAUUUGGUUAAAAAAAAAAAAAAAAAAAAAAAAUCAGGAAACAAAUUUCUUCACCGCCUGGCACUGAGAUAUUUAUUUGUGUUCUUUAUUUAUCAGUGACAGGGUUCACUAUAAAUAGUAUUUUUUAAAACUAUUACUUUCUUAUAUAAGAUAAUUAUCGGAAGCAGUGCCUUCCAUAAUUAUGACAGUUAUACUGUCGGUUUAAUGAAAGCAGCAUCUGCUAUGGAAACACACUUGUUACCAAAAUGUGCUGACCACAAACUGCAAUUGCAUGAAACAUUUACAAAUAACCACAUUUAAUUGAGUCUAGGUUUGUCUGUGAACUAAAUGUAAACUCUUACAUAUAUCUUCAUUUUUUAAAUGCUUUACCUGCUCAAAAGACACAACUGAUUUGUACUGGAAAACACUUUGCUAGUCUUUGAACAGUUUACAAAGUUGAGAAAAAUAAUUGCAGUAUUGCAUUUUUUAAUCCUGGUUUUAGGUCAUUAUUUCAUUUUUUUUUUUUUUUAAAUAAACAAUAAGAUUACACUUGAUUAUAAAUUGUGUUGCUGGUUCCACCUUUUAUACCUUGAACCCUAAACAAGGGAGUUUGUAAAAGAGCUGGCAGUUUCUGGUCAAGCAGUUUUGGUGCAUUUAUAUUUCUAAUCCUAAAAACAUUAUCGGUAGCAGUGUCUUCCAUAAUGUAAAAAAAUUAAGGUAGUUUUUGCCUACCAUUGUGUAUAUAUCGGAGGCAGUGACCUUCAUAUUUCACACUGAAGGUGUUUGUAAUUAUCGGGAACAGUGUUUCUCACAGUUUUUAUAUAUUGUUUGCAUUUACAAACUAUUGCAAGGCUUGAAAUUGUUUGUGUCUCAUCAACAUUAACCUAAAUGGGUUAGAUUUUCCUCUUUAUUUCUUUAGGACUCUUUAAUUCUAAUAAAGUAAUCGACUUUUUUCCUUUCUAGAUUUGUAUGGCUAACCUGUGCCUUAACUAAACUCGUAUUCUACAAACCAUUGGCAAGAAUCCUUGAGAAGCGCAACUUCUGCUUCACAGUGUUGCGAUUCCUUUUAAUUAAGAACCCCAUUCAUCUAUUCAUGUCACGUUUUGAAUGCAUGUUGGACAGUUUUAAUUGAACAGUUUAAUCUCCAUUUAGACAUUGGUUUAACUGUGGUAAUUUUGUAUCUAAAUUGCUGAGGUUAAAGUAUGCGGACACUUGAAUAAAUACUUAAGAUUUUUUCUUUUUUUUAAUGAAAAAUCUGUUAAAUGAUAUGGUAUUUAACCACCUGUAUCUUCACAGAAAUAAUUUUAAUGUCUGUCACGGGUCAAAAGAAACAGUAUUAACUUAUGCCCAUGUGAUAUUUGAUUUGUAAUUUUACAUUGAAAAUUACUGUUGCAUACAUGAACUGUAAUAUCUGUUCUAUAAUUGUUCUGUUUCUUGGAUUAACUUUGUUCUUUGAAAUUGUCCAACGGUUUUGCUCUUUGAGUGUUUGAUCUAUUUGUAUGGAAUGAUUCUUACUAUAUCUAUAAGCUCUGCUAUUGCUUCAGUUAAAAAUGUAUCUGUUAGAGAUAAGAGUGUUGAAAUUUUAAGUUAUGGUGUGAAAUGAGGGGGAGUUGUUUUUUUUUCUCUUUUAUAAAGUGGUGGUUGGGAUUGUGAAAAGAUGGGCAAUGCUUUACUUCUUGUUUGCAAUAAAUGCAAUAUAUAACAAUUAA